AUGGAGCACCGCCGAGAUUCAGACAACCCCGUAUACUUCUGGAAACCCGAAGGAGAAGUAGGAUACCUAGGGCAAUGGUGGCCCUCCCCAUUCAAAUGGGAGUACGAGGGUGAAAUGUUCACCUAUGCCAAUGCAGAGCAGUACAUGAUGCAUCGAAAAGCGCUGCUGUUCGCGGGCCCAUCGCAUCCCAUUACGCACGAGAUCCGCACCGGGUGGAAAUUGCAUCCGCGCGAUCUACAGAAUCUGGGCCGUAAGAUCCCCAACUUCGACGAUGAAGCAUGGGAGCAGCAUCGCUUUGGGAUUGUGGUUGAGGGCAACUAUCUCAAGUUUUCGCAGAAUGAAGAUCUAAGGCAGAAGUUGCUUGCAACGGGGGAUCGUGAAUUGAUCGAGGCUAGUCCGCGAGAUCGGGUCUGGGGGAUAGGGUUUGGAGUGCGUAAUGCGGGCGAAAAUCGAAGCACUUGGGGACUCAAUCUUCUAGGUCAGGCUCUGAUGGAAGCAAGGUGCAGGAUCCAGUUGGAUAACUUGCAGUUAUUGCGAGAGCCAAGAUGGAAAUAG